AGUUGUCGACAAGAUUUCUCAGAGCGAAGAAUAGUGUUAAAUUUAAUAUGAUAAGAGGAGAACAGGGCUCUGAAGUUCAGUCGGGGCGCAACGGCUUACACAUCUAUCUCUAGGGUCCCCCUUUUUGCAGGAAUGGUUUCUAAAUGGAGUCAAAGAUGAAAAAUGAAAGCUUCGCCAGCUUCAAGAGUUGGGUGACUUCUCUUAAUCGAGAAGAACUCUUGGAUGCGAUGGCCUUCACUUUCAAGCAGAAUACGAACCGUUCGAAAGGCACAAGGACUCCAAAAUCAGGUAUUUCUUUCGGUGGAUCUAAUUCAAUAGAAAUGGAUAGUCACGAAUACGAACUCUUACUGUCAAUGGUUCGACUUCAACCUCCACCCCCAACACCAGUACAUCCACGAGCGACAGGAUACAAAUCUAGAAGCCAAAAGGGAGCAAAGCUUGAUCAUUUCUACAAGGAAGAGGAGUAUUUGCGAUGGACAAAACCAAGGCUUUUUCAACUGUCUGAAAAGGAAAAUCAGUCCUCGUUCCUAAACAAUUCAAAUAAUGGUCGAUUGAAUGCUGGUCGCUUGCGGAAUCGCAAUGGUCAAAGAUAUAAUUCAUCUAAUGGAGGUACUACUAUCGAUUCGCGUCGUUUCAAUGUCUUCGCACGAAAAAAAAUUGCACCAUGGGGUGACAUUUACAGUUUGGGUUGUACACAAGAACAGAUCAAUGCCGAUUUUGAACUCAUACAGGGGACGCGAUUGGGGCGACAUCGAAUCGACGGCAGAUACCUUGCAACCGGAUGCUUUGUUUGUUCUAGAGAACGUGAAAACUCGAAUCGAGAAGGAGAUGUUGCCACAGCAGUUGGCAAAGGUUCCAAAAAUAGACGCAAUGACGCGUUCACAAGUGGUCCUACAGCUGCGUCAAUUCUUAAAAUGCUGAAGAUAGCAUCCCGAGGGCAACUUUUCCAUCAACAUCCAACGACUUUGUACUCAAAAACGUCUUUGUCAUCGUUUGAAGCGGAAAUCUCGUUCUGUGCUCCUUGGCUUCAACCUACUGAGCGAUGGUUCUCGCUUGGUAUGUAUCUUGCAAGUCGCUAUCAAGUAGCCCUUUGGGAUUCCUAUCAAAAAUAUAAUUGUAACCAGCAACAACAGAAACAUACAGUACACCCUGGUCGUAUUGGAACCAAAGGAAGUGCUUCUAAUGAUUUCGGAGAAGCAGUGCUCAAAGAUGCUUUGUUACGGGCUAUUCGUUUGAGUCUCAAAGAAAUCAUUCAAGAAGAACAAGAAAGCCAACAUUUGGACUUUCUUCGAGAUGUAACCCUUUGGUCGAUACUGAAUGGCAACCCCACAUUACGUGGUCAAAUUCUAUCCCAAAUUGCGACGCCUACGCAGAUUCCAGACCCAAACACAAAAGGAUAUUGGAAAUUGGCGGCUCAAGAAUGGUCCCAAACUCCACUGGUUGAAAUCCACAGUCUAUUCAACAGGCGUUUCAAAUGUCUGGUCCACGAGAAACUGGAAGAAGAAUUGGCGGCACACAUUGAACGGACAAUCUUUGAAGAAGAUGAACUUGAAAUUCAGAAUUUGCGUAAACCCCAUGUCAUAGAUACCAGAUCUAAUCAGACGAAUCGAGCCAGGACUAAUAAGAAGAAAAAGAAAAGGCGAAAGAAAGCCCCAAAAACUAGAAUGCUCUCUGCGAUCAAAAGUAACACCAUAACCCCGACUGUUCCAUUUGGGAGAGACAUAAAUGGUGAUCGUGUCGACCGUAUGAGUGAUUCUUCGUCAUCAGGAGAUGACCAAAAGACAACAAUAAUUGUCUCUAAGAGCGUCAUCGACUUUCCCAAAAACUUGACAACAGCUCGUGAACGGAAUAGGAACAUUAUUUUCGUCCUUGGUAUUCUAGAAGAGCUUACAGAAAACGCCUUCGCUAAAGUUGGCUUGCAAGUUACAUCUGAGCCCGAAGAGCCAAAACGAGAACAUACUAUAGUUGGAGGAGAUAUCAAUUCACAGCUACAUACGACAUACAUACAGCCACCUGAGGAAGUUAUUGAUCUGAAAAGAAAAACCUGCAUUGAUGGUACAGAGUCGGAACUUCCCACGGGCAAUCAAAUGUCAGAAAAUUGCCUUUCUCGAGUUGUAUUCGAAAGGCAAAGGAGCCGAGGUAUGGAUCAAGACUUCCUGACUCAUAGUGAUGGCAAUGCCUUCUCUCUCUACAGUAGACAAACCGACAGCUUUUCGUCCGAUAUCUACAGCUUACCAUUUACGAGGGACUCUGAUUACGUCCUAGGUUUUGGUGGAGCGGAGACAAACAAUUUACCGUUCGUAAACCAUUACCAAUCAACAGAGCGUAGUAUUUUGAGUAGCUUUUUCCUUUCCCAGAGUGAACAAGUGAAUGGUAAAGAUUUCGAUGACGAAGAACGACUGAUGGCGGCGUCAACAGCCGCGUCCAUCGCGUCGUCUUCCUACAAGGAUACGACAUAUGUUGCAGAAAGAGAAGAAGAUAUCCCAAUUGAUGUGAUCGAAGAGCAAAUUCCUGUACCCAAAGAAAUGAGUGCUAUUCGAGAAAUCGAUGAUGGGUCUUCAAAGAGUUCUACUGCUAUGAAAGAAAUCGACCAUGUGAUUGAAGUAGGCCGAAAUCGAAGCCGCGCAUCAUCUAUCAGUAGUAGUGAAAAUUCAGAUUUGGACGUCAGAAAUUUAAAGAUCGAGGAAGAGGAGUUCAACAAGAAGACAACGCAAGAAAUGGCGAGAUCUGAUCAUGCCAAUGACUCGUCUGACGUCAUCUCAGAUUGUCGUUCCCAGACUCUCCAAGCUCCUGUCACUCCUCCGCCGACGUUGUCGCCAAUAUUCGUUACCCUGGGAGAUCUAAAGAAGAUGAAGUAUUCAUCAUCAUCACUGAAGCGAUUCCCUUCUCUCGAUUUCGAAACCAUGAAACCAGGGUCUGGACCAGGUAGUCUGCCCCCCGCAUCGCCUGAUGCAAAAGAUAAAUUGGUGAGCAGUUGGUCUAGAGAAGACCUACGAAUCGAAUCUUUUCGAGAUGAUCAUAAUAUUAAAAAUUCUUGGCGGGAUCGUAUCCAGACCCAUCAGGAAUCAGAAGCACCGACUUACAAAUCGAUUGCGUUCAAGAAGACCCUUGCACAGCCCAUUCCUCGGUCGGGCGGUGAUACUGAAAGUCUCGAUCAUGGAAUGCAUCUAAGUGCUUCGUCUAGACGGAAGCAAGAUCACCACAAGGAAUAUUGCGCCCAAAGUGAGACAGCAAUGGAUAUACACCAUGGAGAACACCACGAUUGGUAUCGCGAGGAGGGCGAAAACCAAUCCCUGGUAAGAGACGAGACGACCACCAUCAUAUCGGGAAUUUCGCAUCGAGGUGAAGCUGAGGAACUUGCUGAUGUUCAAGAGGAACGGAAUUAUUUUCGAGACAUGUACUUGACUCUUGGAGCAGAAGUAGCAAAGCUGAAAGUUAUGUUAGCUACACAACAGACUGUUGCAGCAACUCCAGUAGACUUUCAAGACUCGUCAUUGGCUUAUCCCAAAAUGUACGGGCACAGCUCUUUCGACCCUCAUGGUAUACAGCACUCUUUUCGUGGAACGAUAAAGGGUGCGCUUCCGGGUCCAAUGAGUGACGCUGGAUUUGGAUUUCAUCGUUCCGGUGAUUACGAGUCUAUCAUAAGUGAAGACGAUAUUCACGACUCUGUUUCAAAACCACGAGACGUUCGAUUAGAUCCUGCGCAACGAAUAGCGUCAAGCCAGACCGUAGCGGAGUCUGACGCAUCAAUGGAUUUCACUAGUAUCAAAGUACCUCUUUCGGGAGGGCUGCUAGUGCCUGGAACGAUGCAUUCUCACUUCAAUGGUUUCCAGUCCAGAGUAACAAAGGACAUUUUGCAAUUCGUUCAUGUGACCAAUCUUAAGAUGAGAAAACUUGAUGGGAGACGGAAGCUUGCAGUAGAACGUGAGUAAAUCGAAGGACUGUGGAGCUAUGUUUCAAUUUGUUUACAAGAGGUAUAUUUGCACCGAUGUUACCCACUUUUACUCCGCUAAACUUGCCCUGGCGAAUGCGUUUUUUUCUCUCUCCAGGAUUUUCGCGCCUAGUGAACACCAUAUGGCCACGUGCGCAGGUGAAACUUUAUGGGAGCUACAUCUCUGGAUUAUGUCUUCCCUCGAGCGACCUAGAUUUUGUCGUCUGUUUGCCAGCGGUGCACAAAAAGGACUUAGCGCUUGCCCCGGGUGUGCUGGAAGGCCGAAACGCCAUCAACGAAACAUCGCAAAAGUUGCUGGCACGCGAGCUCAAGGGAGAAUCCUGGAUCGAUCCGAGAUCGAUCAAAGUGAUCGAGCGCACCGCAAUACCGGUCAUAAAGGUUUCGACCAAGGACACGCGGGCAAGGAUGAUCAAGCUGGACAUCAGCUUUGAUGGUCCCGAGCACCACGGAUUGGAAGCCAACCGAAUGGUAUCCCAGACUCUGGAAGAGCUACCCUUGCUUCGUCCCCUCAUGCUCGUUCUGAAACAAUUGCUUUCGCACCGCGGUUUGUUGACCGCGUACACGGGGGGUCUCUCUUCCUACUGCCUGUUUCUCAUGCUAGCGCGUUAUCUGCAGGAACAGCCGCUGUCCAACAGCGACUACGGUUCUCUCUUGAUGGGGUUUUUGGACUUUUACGGGAACCAUUUCGACCCCAGAGCGAUGGGCAUCAGCGUGGGCGGCCGGCAAUACUUUGCAAGGGCCAAGAGCCAUACUGCUGCGGCCGGAUACGAACCGACGAGCCAGCCGUUUUGGAAGGGCAACCGUCCCCCGCACCAGCAGCACGUUGUCAUCAAUAACCUGCCACAAAUCCUCCAUACUAGUAGCAGCGGCAACAUCAGCACCUCCACCACCACCGCUACCAAUCACAAAGCCGCCGACUUUCGCCGCCGCAACAGCUUCAGCGACGCGGGCAGCGUGGACGACAGCCAUCGCAUGAAUCGGGUCUAUCAUUGCCCCUCACCCCCCAGCGGGCAGGUCACUUCGGGAUCCAAGAGCAGCCACCGAUUCGUCUCCCGCAACAGCAAGGCGAAUUGUCACCGCAAUGGGAAUGGCAGCAGCGAAACAACUACCAACCAGACCAACGGCCACAGCCACACCCACGCCCACAACUUCUCGGGCUUUGAACGCCCCUCCACGUUCGACCCGCUAUUUGUGGAAGAUCCCUUGUCCGCAACCAACAACGUUGGAAGGAAUGCCUUUCGGAUAAACCAGGUCCAGAGAGCUUUUUCCGAUGCCCAUCGGGCCCUGGUGGCCAGCCUGGAUUGGGACCUCCAGUCCGCCGAUCCCUCAGACAAGUACCCCCUGCUCAAGUGCCUCCUCGGAAACCAGAGAGAGGACGUUUUCUUUGGACUGUAAGGGGGGAAGAUCGCAUUAUUUGUGGACUCUAAUGCCAAUCCAUUCUGUACGGGACGACUGCGACCCAAGCACACGGGCAUGCAUUCCCAAAAAGGUCUUGGUUUUCCGAUACUAACAUUUGCAAUCGUAAAAGACUAGAAAAAUUUGGACUGUAUAUUGUAUCGUAGA